UUCAAUAAUCAAAUUCAGGCAAUACCGUUGGCCACCGCUGAACCGCCCAACCGUUCCCCUGUCACCAUCUCCGGUUUUGGCCGUGUGCGCACUGGUAGUGAAUUGCCGUCACGUCUUAAAUACAACACUUUGCGCAGCCUCAGUAAUGCCAAUUGUAAACGUUUCCUUAGAGAUGUAGACACAACAACGCUCUGCCUAUCGCACACUGCAGGUAAUGGUGCUUGCAAUGGUGACUCUGGUGGUCCAGCUAUCUACAAUGGUCAGUUGGUUGGUGUGAGCAACUUUGUUGUUAAUGGUUGUGGCUCUACUUAUCCCGAUGGUUACGCGAAGGUUUCCUUAUUCCGCAAUUGGUUGCGCCAAAACUCUGAUUUGCCGUGAGUCAAACGAAUCUAAAGCGAACUGACUAAUUAUUGUGAAAUGUGUAAAUCAAAAUAAAAAACUUAUUAUGAACAACAAUUAUUGUAAACUAAUAA